UCGUAUUCCAACACAUACUCCCGAUCUGUUUUCUAAAGCCUUUUCCUUAAUACAGCGUAAAUAGUGUUAAAACAAAUUAGAGCAUUUUCAGCCUGCAUGAUACUAAAACAAUGAAUUGAGCAAAGGCGCAUUUCAGUUUUUCAAUAUGAAAAAGGUAAAAACAAAAAAUAAAAAAAAAGAGAGAAAAUAGCAGUAUAAGGAUUAAUAGGGUGUAAAAAACUAGAAUCAACAAGCUUCUGAUAAGUACCCUUGCCUUUGCUCACCUUGUAUUAAUCAUUGAAGGGUUAUUCUCGUAACAAUUAAAACAUCCAUAUGUUCAGUACAUAAUUGAGCAUAUUAAAGAUUUUUCUUUCAAAUGUCGGUUUCAGAAGUUGCAAAAAGAGUUCUGUCAAUCCAAUCUUCUGUCUGCCACGGCUACGUAGGAAAUAGAGCUGCUACCUUCCCCUUGCAAUUGCAUGAAUGGGAAGUGGAUGUUGUACCUACUGUUCACUUCUCUAACCAUCUUGGCUAUGGUAGUACGAGAGGUCGUGCAUGCGAGCCAUCAGAAGUUCAAGAACUCUUGGAAGCUUUGCUAGAUAAAAACGAUUUUGUUUAUGAUGCGAUUUUGACAGGCUUCAUACCAAAUCAAGGGGUCCUUGAAGUAGUUUCAAAGCUACUAAUCGAGUAUCAAAGUCGACAUCCUCAUGUGAAAUGGAUAGCAGAUCCUGUUAUGGGAGACCAAGGAGAAACUUAUGUAGAAGAAGACGUUCUAAACACAUAUAAAAAUGUUUUAUCACAUGCCUUCUUAAUAACGCCAAAUGCCUUUGAAGUCAAUUUGUUAACAGGAGUCUCUGUCAUGAACAAGUCUACUGCGUUGUACGGAUUAAAGCGCAUUUAUGAUUUAUACAAGGUCCCACAGGCAGUAAUCACAUCCUUUGAGGAUGCGGGUGAUUCGUAUUCAAUAUAUUGUAUGGGAUAUUCACUCCAAGAAGGUAAAAUUCGUUCCUUUUUGUACUCGUAUCCUUCUCUUUCCGGCAUAUUUACAGGAACAGGAGAUUUGUUUUCAGGUCUGACAUUGGCAAAGUAUGUGGAUGAAGAACUUCGACAAAAAGAAAAAGCAUCGAAAAAUAUAUUGAAUGAAGUUUCAGAUUCGGACUUCUUCGCUGAAGUGAUCGGGCAAGUUUUGUCUUGUAUGCGUUCUGUGCUUAUUAGAACAAAAGAACAUACGCUUCAAAGGCUAAAACUUGACAGCAGCAUUGAAAAAGAUAUGUUUUUACUUAGCAAUGCCUCCGAACUUCGACUGGUCCAGUCCAAGGACGAUCUGCUUUCGAAAGAAAAUAUCUAUACACCUGAAAAGUGGAAUGGUUUGGAACGAAACAUAUAAGAACUAAGGCAAUGAUUGCAACUCUACAUGUUGAUGAAAAUAUAAAAAUACAGAAAUAAAGGUUUUCAUUAUCGUUCUUAAGUUGGUUUUUCAUAUCAGUCUAGUACAUGGGUAUGAAUCAAAUGCGAUAAAAGCAAUCGCUAUAGUCGUUUUAGUGAUUAAAUACUAAGCUAUACUGCUUUGUAAGACUUGUGUUUUCCAUGUUAGUUGUCUCUUCUAUAUUACAUACGCCUAAAGGACGAAACACGAUAAGUAUGCUAUAUUUUGUCAAGCAAAGAUACCUUCGAUGUAUAUUUCAGUCUCUAUAACAACUUUGUGAGUAUUUUUAGUGACCACUGCUUAAGCAAGUCCCGGGUAGCUCAAUCGGUUUAGAGCGUCUGACUCUUAUGAAGGUUAUCAGAAGGUUGCGAGUUCGAGUCUCGCCUUGGGAGUUCUUUUUUACUCUUUCGUUUUUAUUUUUCUAGUCUAUCAAGAAUAGAAACAAAAGUGAAUUAAUAUUUCACAGGUUCACAAGGCAAACUGAUGCUUGAAAAUGUCGAUGGUCCAUCAGUUUUCAUCCAUUAAACUGGCAAGAUAUAAAGUUAGACAUUCUUCGAACCAAACUACCAUUGCUGCCGCAAGCUCUUCAAUAGCAAGCACGCUAGCUUGAAGGUGACAAGUUUUGCCAAAAUAAAACUAUAAAGCUCAAAUUCUUUUUAUAAACUAAUUCCUAUAGCUUUUUUCGGGCAAUCACCCGAGUUCUUUAUUCCUUCUUAUGUUUUGAAUAUAUAAUCUAGUUUAAACAAGUCAAUAGAUGAAUAAAAUACAUGCCCCAUAG